AUGAGUUCAAGAAAAAAUCAUGAUAUUCUUGAAAUGUAUACCAUUGAUGAGGAUGAUAAUUUAUCUGGAAAAAAUUUUGAUACUCUUACUGUUACAUCAACUGAAAUUAAUUUUACCCCAAAAAUUGGUAAAUUUGGAGCACCAAAAUGUGUAUGUAUAAGUUCAGUUGCUGCAUUAAUAGCAUUUUGUUUUGGUAUGAUUUUAUUUACCACAGGAAUAUGUAUUUUAAUAUUUUGGGAUCAAGAACCAACAAUUCAUCCAUUGGGAUAUACUUUAAUGGGUAUUGGUAUAAUAUUAUUUACAAUGGGUAGUUGUAUGUGGAUAUCUGAAUUUGUCUGUGGAAAUUGUUUUGGUAAAAUUUAUCAAAAAGUUAGAGAAGCACCAAUGAAAAAUGCUAUAAAAAGAAGAGAAAAAAUAAUAGCUUCAAGAAUGAGUCAAGGUAGUCAAGCUCGAAUGAUUAAUUCCAGGUGUGGUAGUAGACUUUCUGUUAAUUCUUUAUCCUCAACUUCUACUAUAUCUCAUAAUCCAAAAGGUAUCUCUUCUAAUGGUGAUAAAAAAAUUUAG